AUGGUGGUGCUUAGAGAAUCUGGAGGUUGUCAACCCAUAUAUAAAGAUGCUGAUGAGGUUGUCACAUUUAAGUUUUUCCAUGGAGGUAAACUAGUGAAAAAUAGAAAGGACAGUCAGUGGUCUUAUUUAGGUGGUGAAGUCAGUUGGUUUGAUUACUGUGAGGUUGACUAUAUGUCCAUGUUAGAGCUAUUUGGAAUGGCUAAAGAUUUGGGAUAUGACGAUGGGUAUGAUGUGAGUUUUUAUGGUGAAGAGUUUGGAACUAGCAGACUCAUUCAAAUAAUAUCUGAUAGUACACUUUUAGCUUGUAUGAGCAUGGUACCUAAAAGCAAUAGCAGAGUCGUAGUUUUGUACUUGAAGGUAGUGAGCUUAACUUCAAGCCAAGUGGGGAAUGAUAGCAGUGAUAAAGAAUAUUCUUGUUCUGAGAAUGAUGAUAGCAGUGAUCCAGACUUUGAAGACAGUGACUAUGCACAGAGUGAUGAAGAGAUUGAAUUAGUGAAGAAUGAUGAUAAGUGGUUUGAAGGUUAUGUGGAUCAUAGUAUUUUUGACAAUGAUCCUAAUGCAGAGCAAAAUGAUGAGUCAGACAAUGGAGAAGAGUCACCUACACUUACCUGCCCAAAUAGUUCACAAAGUGAAGAUGAUGCAGUGGGUGAAGUAAGAAGGAAGAAGAAGAGGAUGCCAAAAGGUGAAGAUUUCAGACCUGAAAUUGAUAUGGGAAACCCAAGUUUCAAAAUAGGUUUAAGGUUUGCAACUGCCGAGUUGUUUAGAAAAGCUGUGAGGAUAUACUCCAUUAAUUGUGGAAGGGAGUUGAUUUUUAUGCAUAAUGACCGUAACAAAAUAAGAGCAGUAUGUGAAGAGGGCUGUCCUUUUGUUAUCUAUGCUUCAAGUGUUAGUGGUAGCACUUACCUGCAGGUGAAAACCUUUAAUCCUACACAUGUUUGUAGCAAGGGGACUAAAAAUAUACAUGCUACUGCUGGCUGGUUGGCUGAAAGAUAUUCUGGGCAGUUAAGGCUCAAUCCAAAUUGGACUGCUUCUUCUUUUGUAGAGCAAGUUCACCAAGACUAUGGUUACAGACCAUCUAGAGCAACUGUGUACAGAGCAAGAGCCAUGGCAGUUGACAUUGUAGAGGGGUCUUACAGCAAACAAUAUGAAGUCUUGUGGGAAUAUUGUCAUGAGUUAAGAACCAGGAAUGUGGGAAGUACAGUUAUCAUUAAAUCUGAAAUGGAAGGUGAUAGGCCACGGUUUCAAAGAAUUUACAUCUGUCUUGCAGCCUGCAAGAAGGGGUUUUUAGAUGGUUGUAGGCCUGUGGUUUGCUUGGAUGGGUGUCAUGUCAAAGGGCCUCACCCUGGGCAAGUGCUUUCUGCAAUGGGAGUUGAUGCAAACAACGGAAUGUUUCCACUUGCCUAUGCAUAUGUAGAGAUUGAGAGCAAUUCAACAUGGCUGUGGUUUUUAGAAUUAUUGAGUGGUGAUCUCAAUAUUACAAAUAGCCAUGGUUAUGUAUUUAUGACUGACAAACAAAAAGGGUUAAUAGAUGCUGUGGAUACUCUAUUCCCUCAGGCAGAGCAUAGACAUUGUUUGAAACAUCUAUAUGGGAACUUCUAUUUGGAACAUAGAGGUCUUGCCUUGAAACAUCAAAUGGAAGCAAUUGCUAGAGCCACAACAGUGCCAUGGUUUCAUGCAGAGAUGACAAAGAUGUUGCAGUUGUCUAAACCUGCACAUGAUUGGCUCAUGGAGAAAGAUCCUAGGCAUUGGAGUAGGGCAUAUUUCAAGAGUGAUUCCAAGUGUGACAUGCUUAUGAACAAUCUAUGUGAGGCAUUCAACCGUAGCAUACUGGAUGCCCGAGACAAGCCUAUUCUGACUAUGCUAGAAAGAAUUCGGUUGUAUAUAAUGUUGUUGAUGGCGGGAAGAAGGGUUCUCUGUGAGAAAUGGCAUGGACAAGUUGGGCCAAGAAUUAGAAAGAUAUUAGAGAAAAACAAAGCAAAAGCUCAGUGGUGCAUUCCUAAGGCUGCUGGACAGAAUCAGUUUGAAGUAAUGCACCAUAGUGGCCGCACCUUUGCUGUUGAUUUGAAUGGCCACUCUUGUUCAUGCCAUGCUUGGGAUUUGAAUGGAAUACCAUGUUUGCAUGCAUGUGCUGCAAUAAGUUGGUUUCAUGGGAAUCCAGAGGACUUUUGUGAUGCAGUGUACAAGAAAGAGGCUUAUUUGAGAGCCUAUCAACCAAUGAUUAUGCCUAUGACUAGCCAAGAUCAGUGGAUGAAGGUUAAUUUACCUCCAUUACUCCCUCCGAAAUACCACAAGCAGCCUGGUAGGCCUAAGAAGACAAGAAAACAAGCUGUUGAAGAACCUAAACUUCCUUCUAAUCCAUAUAAGCUUCCUAGGUAUGGCAUCCCUUUAAAGUGUGCCAAUUGCGGUGGAGAAGGGCAUAAUCGAAGUAGUUGUAAGGAACCUAGAAAUCCCAACAUAAAGCCUACUAGGAAGAGGAACAUUGCCAAGGACAAACUUGCAGUAAGUGCCACAGUUUCAACUAUGUUUUCACUCAUCAAAAUUUUAUAUCAUGGAAACUUCUAA